CUGGCGUUGCUCGGAGCGUGGUGCAUCCCCGCAAAUGAAGUGAACCUGCUGGAUUCUCGCUCUGUGAUGGGAGACUUGGGAUGGGUGGCCUACCCUAAGAAUGGGUGGGAAGAAAUAGGAGAAGUCGACGAGGACUAUGCCCCCAUCCACACCUACCAAGUUUGCCGGGUGAUGGAGCAGAACCAGAACAACUGGCUCCAUACCAACUGGAUACUGACUGAGGGCGCCCAGCGGGUCUUCAUCGAGCUCAAGUUCACCUUGAGAGACUGCAACAGCCUACCUGGGGGGGUCGGCACCUGCAAGGAGACUUUUAACAUGUAUUACUACGAAACCAACGGGGAUGAGGAGGAAAUGGAGGAAGGGGAGAUGAGAGACGGGACGGAGAUGACGGAGGAGGAGGACAGGGUGAUGAAGGAAAGCAGAUACAUCAAAAUAGACACCAUAGCGGCUGAUGAGAGCUUCACCGAGCUGGACCUAGGGGACCGCGUGAUGAAGCUCAACACUGAAGUCCGCGAUUUAGGCCCUUUGACCCGGAAGGGCUUCUAUUUGGCAUUUCAGGAUUUGGGGGCCUGUAUUGCUCUGGUCUCAGUGCGAGUUUUCUACAAACGCUGCCCGUUUCUAGUGAAAAGUCUGGCCGAGUUCCCCGACACCAUCCCCGGCUCUGAGGCCUCACAGCUGGUGGAGGUGGUCGGCCGCUGCGUCAAUAACUCCCUGCCUUUAUAUGAGCCUCCCAGGAUGCACUGCAGCACAGAAGGGGAGUGGCUAGUGCCCAUCGGGAAGUGCGUGUGUCAGCCAGGGUUUGAGGAAAUCAACGGAUCCUGUCAAGAAAACAAAAUGCAUUUUAUAAAACAACAUGCAUGCUCAGGGGCACCAGCCAAUUUGCAGUGCAGGGUGGGGUUUUACCGCUCGCUGCUGGAGUCCUUGGCCUGCAGUAAAUGUCCGCCCCACAGUGUGGCCAGGCAGAUGGGAGCCACUGCUUGCAGCUGUGAGGAUGGUUACUAUAAGACUGACUCCGACCCUCCCAAUAUGGCCUGCACACGCCCUCCUUCUGGUCCUCGUAAUGCCAUCUCCAACGUCAAUGAGACAAGCGUCUUCCUGGAGUGGUCUGUUCCUAUGGAGACAGGUGGCAGGAAGGAUGUGCGUUACAACAUCCUUUGCAGACGGGUCUUGCCAGAUGGAAGGGGUUUGGAAGAAUGUGGCCCCAAUGUUCGCUUUCUGCCACGUCGUGUUGGCCUGUCAAACACCUCUGUGAUGGUGGCCGACCUGCAGUCACACACCAACUACAGCUUCCUGCUGGAAGCUGUCAACGGGGUGUCAGAGCUAGCCAAAGACCACGCCAAGCAGUAUGUGUCACUUAAUGUGACAACCAAUCAGGCAGUGAAUCUUGCAUUAUCACCCUCCCCAGUGAGUGUGGUGAGAAAAGGUCAUACUGGAAAGAGCAGCAUCGCCCUUUCUUGGGCAGAGCCUGAUCGUCCCAACGGCAUUAUCCUGGAGUACGAGAUCAAGUAUUUCGAAAAGGAGCAGGACUCCAGUUACACUAUAAUAAAAUCCAAGGAGACCGAGAUGGUGGUGGAAGGCCUGAAGCCCUCUUCAGCCUACAUCUUCCAGGUGCGAGCCAGAACCUCAGCAGGCUAUGGUGCAUUUAGCCGCCGUUUUGAAUUCCAGACCAGCCCUUACUUAACAGCUACCAGCGAGCGUGCUCAGGCUUCCAUAGUAGCGGUAGCCAUCACGUUGGCUCUGGUCCUCCUGGCAGUAGUUGCUGGAUUCCUGCUCAGCGGACGGCGGUGUGGCUACAGCAAAGCAAAACAGGAUCCUGAAGAGGAGAAGAUGCACUUCCACAAUGGUCACAUAAAGUUCCCAGGGGUGCGUACCUACAUCGACCCCCUCACAUAUGAAGACCCUAACCAGGCAGUGCAUGAAUUUGCCCAGGAGAUUGACGUCUCGUUCAUCUCCAUAGAACGAAUCAUCGGAGCUGGUGAGUCAACUCUGUUCAAGCUUUGUCUGUUUGCCUCAGGGGAGUUUGGCGAGGUGUGCAGUGGACCGCUGAGGCUGCCGGGGAAAAGAGAGAUCCAGGUUGCCAUCAAGACCUUGAAAGCAGGCUACACGGAGCAGCAGAGACGUGACUUCUUGUGGGAGGCGUCAAUCAUGGGCCAGUUUAACCAUCCAAACAUCAUCCGUCUGGAGGGCGUCGUCACCAAGAGCAAGCCGGUGAUGAUCAUCACUGAAUACAUGGAGAAUGGAUCACUGGACACAUUCCUUAAGAAAAAUGAUGGCCAGUUUACUGUAAUCCAGUUGGUUGGUAUGCUGCGUGGCAUCGCGUCUGGCAUGAGGUACCUGUCUGACAUGGGCUAUGUCCACCGUGACCUGGCAGCUCGUAACAUCUUGGUCAACAGUAACCUUGUGUGUAAAGUGUCUGAUUUUGGUCUGUCACGAGUCCUGGAAGAUGAUCCGGAGGCUGCGUACACCACACGGGGUGGGAAGAUUCCUAUUCGCUGGACGGCUCCGGAGGCGAUCGCGUACAGGAAGUUCACCUCGGCCAGCGAUGUGUGGAGUUAUGGGAUUGUCAUGUGGGAAGUGAUGUCAUAUGGAGAAAGGCCGUACUGGGAGAUGUCCAAUCAAGACGUAAUAAAGGCAGUAGAGGAGAGCUAUAGGCUGCCAGGUCCUAUGGACUGCCCCGAGGCCCUGUACCACCUAAUGAUGGACUGCUGGCAGAGAGAACGCAGCAACCGCCCCAAGUUUGAUGAGAUUGUCUGUCUACUAGACAAACUCAUUCGUAACCCCAGUUCAUUAAAAAAACUGGUCAACUCCUCACACAGGGUUUCCAACCUGCUAGUGGAGCAUGCCAGCGUAGAAGGAGACUUCAACGCCCGGAGCAAGACUGUAGGGGAGUGGCUCGACACCAUCAAGAUGGGUCGUUACACUGAGCUCUUCAUGGAAGGAGGUUACUCUUCACUGGAGACAGUGGCUCAGAUGACAUCAGAGGAUUUGCGGAGAGUAGGAGUGAACCUGGCUGGACAUCAGAAAAAAAUCAUCACUAGCAUUCAAGAGAUGAGAGUCAAUAUGAACAACACCAACUCUACUGUAAACAUCUGA